UCCUGCCUCGACUUUCCUGGCCAGCCAAAGGCCUUUCGGAGGGGCCAAAAGCUAUGACAGCCUCCGCCCGGCGCGCCUGCUAGCGCGGCGCGCGAAGAAAAAGCUGCGGCGGAUGCUGGCGCUGUGUCCGCCACCUUGGGCCAACGACUGCGUGAUGCAGCAGCUGCCGGACGUCAUCGAGGUGUUCCGGGACCACAUCUUUCCGCUCAGCCUCAUGGUGACCCUGCGGCUCUACCAGUCCGUCUUCCGCUUCGAGUCCAAAGGGCUCCAGUCCUUCCAACGCGCCGCGGAGCACCUGGAGCUGCUGGCGAAGCUGAACUGCCACCUGGGCUACCAGCGCUGCUGGCAGGGUCGCCGGCUCGCUUGGCGCCGCGGCGUGGGGGCUUUGUGCCGGGCGCUGGGCAAGCUGCGCGCGGACAGCAGCCUGAAGUUGGACCGCGGGACUCCGCGGCUUUGUGCUAGGUUGAUGCAGGUGCGGAAGGAGCGGGGUGUGAAGCGAGCUUCAGAGCUGGAGCUGCUCUUGGGCCUCAUGGAGGGUGUGCAGGUCCUUGCGGCACUGCUGCCGGCGCAAAGUUUGCCGGAGUUCACUUCGGGGUCCAUCCGAGAAGCCCAGCUCCAACAUGGGGCCGACUGCCAAGAAGCAUUGGAAGCCUUAGAGCUCGACAAGAGGCGAGCCCUGGCGGAGCUGCCGAAUCUUCUCGCGGUGCCGCGCGCCACCGAGCUGCUGAUGCGCCGCACCUUGGGAUUGCUGGAGCGCCUGGACCGCUUCGCGCACAGCUUCCCCGGGGAGGUGCGCUCGAUGCCCUUCGAGCUGCUCUACCCCGCCAGGCUGUCACCUGACGGAGUAUGCCACGCCCAGCGCCUUCCCUCCAUUCUGCCGCCAGAGCAGCGCUGGUUCCGCAGCAACGUUGACGGCACCCGGUACUACGGUCCCUGGCCCUCUGUCGGGGAGCUCUUGCUGCGGUAUGCGGCAGCCGGCGGCAGCCUCAGCCGAUGGGUCUUAAAUCUGGGCUCCGGAGACGGCGGCUGUGUCCGAGGGGACGAGUACGACCCGGCCAACUGCCUGGCCUUGGAGGGCUUCCGCACCGUGGCCGUGGAGGCGGACGCCGCUUUGGCGGCGCAGGCCGCCGCGCGGCUCGCCGAAGGCGCGGCGAAGGCCCGGGUCAAGGCGGAGGCUGUGGAGCCCCAGACGGUAGGAGCCGAGUUGUCGCGUGAGGCUCUGCUGUUGCUGGCGGAAGGGUCCAUUCCGCCGGGGGCGGACUGGCUUCACCUGGCGGAAACCGCGCGACGUCCAGACCUGUUGAAGGUGGACAUAGACCACGCGGACUGCGAGGUGUUGGGCGCUUUGCUGCAGGUCUUUGAGCCAUUGCUGCUGCAUGUGGAAAUCAACCCGCUCUUCCCCCCGCCCUUCGACUACCGGGAGCGUUGGAGUGGCAAGGCGCUGCCGUUGGAAACCGCGCACCACUUGAUCGGUUGCUCCCUCCAAGCAGUGAUCCACCAGACAAAGAGACGCUGGGGUGCGCGCGCGGUGCCAGAGGCCUACUGGCUCCACCACGUGGAGUUUGAGAACGCUGUCCUGGUUCAUCCAGAUGCUGCAGGCGUUUUCCGCUUUGCCCCGGCGCCUUCAAGGCAAAGCUCGGAGGAGGUCCAGGAGCUUUACCUGGCUGGAUACUUCUGCCACGUCUUGCGCUCCGUGCUCUCCAUGCGGGAGAACCUGGCAGCCUAUGACUUUCGGAGCUGGAUCGGCCAUCAAAAUCUCAGCCGCCGAGGAGCCCGGAUGCACCGCUUUCUUCAGCGUGAGUGGAGCAAGGCCAACGUCGAGGGCGCCGCGCCCUAUAGCUUGACCUGGCCGGCGGAGAAAAAAUGGCUCUUGCGGCAGAUGUCGGCGCGUCUGGCGGAGCUGGGCUCAUCGGAGCGCUUGAGCCGUGCCAAGCGUGAGCACGCCCGGGUUCAGCAGCACCUGGACGCCGAGACCAGGCUUUAUCAGUCGCGUUUGCUGGAGGUCUUGGACAGCAUGGCUCCUUUGCAGCGCGCACUGGGCCAAGCGGACCAAGAGCGGUGCGACCUGGCCGUGCAGCUUGUGCAGACCUUAGUGGCCAUCUCUGAUGAGGAAGCCACCUGGGCCAUGACGCACCGCGCGCAGAAGAUGGCCCACGGCGCGAAAGACGUGAAGGUCUUCAGCGAGACCCACAAGGUUUGGCAGCGGCUCAAGGGCAGCUUGGGCACUUACGGUGGCUGCCCGACUUCGCAGGAGAACACCUCCACGUGGUCCGUGCUUCACCGGCGAGAGCUUCUGGCCAUCACAGCGCUCCGCCAGGAGGUGACGCGGCUCCGGUCCCAGGUGGCCGCCGCCGAGGCGGGCCUCGGCUCCUCGAAGCGGCGGCCGCAGGCGGCUGCAGCUGAGCAGGAGACACGCGCGAUCUUACAUGCCGUGCUGCGGCAGGCGGAGAAGGCGCGGGAGGCGAUGGGAUCCUACGGCCUCUGGGCCUCGCAGAUGGAAGCAGCGCUGAAAGAAGUGAGCUCUCACGACCUCUCGGAGUCCAGAUGCCCACGCCUCGGCUGCCUCGGCUUCAUUGCGCUCAGCUUCAUUGCGCAGGAUUGA